CAAAAACAUAAGAAAAAAGAGAGAAAAAAAAACAAGUAGGGGGCAGAGGGAGAGAGGGGUGGGGGUGUAUUAAAUUGAGACAGAGAAAAGGAAGAAGAAGAUAUAAACGAGGGUGCGUUGUAGUGUGACUGUCAAAUCUACAUAUUCUCUCUCUCUCUUUUGGGAGAUUCGAUUCAAUCGCCGAUCAUUUCGGCUUUUCCAAUCUAUGUCUACUGCCUCUCAUCUCCAUCUAUAAUGUUCUCGUUUUUUCAAGGUCCUGUUUGAAUUGAAAAAAGGAGAAUUGUGUUUAGCAACAAAAUAAUGGAAGGAGAUACAUUUUCAGUGUUAGGUAAUAAUGGUACACAAAUAGAUGGUAAGGUAUUUCAAACAUUUCAAAAGAGCUUUGUACAAGUGCAGAACCUAUUGGAUCAGAAUAGAUUGUUAAUCAAUGAGAUAAAUCAGAAUCAUGAGUCAAAGAUCCCUGAUAACUUGAGCAGAAAUGUUGGUUUAAUCAGAGAGUUAAACAAUAAUAUCAGAAGGGUUGUUGACCUUUAUGCAGAUCUUUCAUGUUCAUUUACAAAAUCCGUAGAUGCUUCAUCUGAAGGGGAUUCUACUGGAAAAGCUACACAUAAGAGGAACAAACCUCUUUAGAAGGACCAAAAAAUCCCCAAGAUAAAUUAAUGGUUAGAUAUUAGUAUAACUUUUUUGGUUUCUUCUAGUAGUUGGUUGUACUUUGUUUAGUAUCUUACUCAGAAAUAAUGACCACUUCAAGAAAUCUAUUUUCUUUGUUAAUGUGCCCUGCAGAUCUAAUUGAAUCAAAAAUAUCAUCUUGCUGCUAAA